AUGUCGCACCCCAAUGGCACAACAUCACAGGCUGCCUCGGAGCUGAAGCAGCAGGGCGCCCUCGAAGCUGCGCGCGACCCCAAUUCUAGUGUCACGGCUGAGGCCGCAGAGCAGAGCGUCGUCGAGCAGGCGCGCCAGGGCGGCAGCGCGGCCUUCCAGUUCGACCCCAACGCCAGCCCCGAGGAGAAGCGCGCCCAGGCACGGGCACGGGUCCCGCCUGGCUUCCACCACGAGCGCAACCACAAUGCCACCGCCCUGGUCUCGGACGCCGACGACGGCGCAAACGGCGCGCCCAAAUACGACCUCCCUCCGCCCACCAAAGCCGGCGCUGUCGACCCGCCCUCGUCCCCCACUGCCAACGGCCAUGCGUCGGAGCUCGAUGCAGAUGCUCGCUGGGAGCGCGUUGGCUGGGCUCCCCGCUUCGGCAUGCCGGGCUCCGAGGACAAGGACGAGGACGAGGGCACCUUGCUCGACCACCAGACGUACCUGGAGGGCCAGCUCGACGACAAGUUCUUUGGUGACUGGUACCACAAUACGGGCGUCAUCAUAUUCGCCUGUCUGAGCUCGUGGGUCGUGGCCACGCUAGGUGGAGGCCUGGGCUGGAUCAUGAUCAUCAUGGCCAUCUGCGGCACCUACUACCGCACCUCGAUCCGCCGCGUGCGCCGAAACGCCCGCGACGACCUCAAUCGCGAGAUGGCCAAGAACAAGCUCGAGACGGACACCGAGAGUCUAGAGUGGAUCAACAGCUUCCUCGUCAAGUUCUGGCCCAUUUAUGCCCCUGUGCUCUGUGACACGAUUGUCGGCUCAGUCGAUCAGGUGCUGUCCACCUCCACGCCUGCAUUUCUGGACAGCUUGAAGAUGAAGACGUUCGUCCUGGGUACCAAGCCACCGAGACUGGAGCACGUCAAGACGUACCCCAAGACUCAGGAUGACAUCGUGCUCAUGGACUGGAAGUUCAGCUUCACUCCCAACGACGUCAACGAUCUGACUGCGCGACAAAUCAAGAACAAAAUCAACCCCAAGAUUGUCCUUGAGAUCCGCAUCGGAAAAGGGCUUGUCAGCAAGGGUCUGGACGUCAUUGUUGAGGACAUGGCCUUUUCUGGCCUUAUGCGCCUGAAGUUCAAGCUACAACUUCCGUUUCCUCACAUCGAAAAGGUCGAGAUGUCUUUCCUCGAGCGCCCGACCAUCGACUACGUCUGCAAGCCUCUCGGUGGUGAGACAUUUGGAUUCGACAUCAACUUCAUUCCCGGUCUAGAGACAUUCAUCAUGGAGCAGAUUCACGCCAACCUGGGCCCUAUGAUGUACGAUCCUAACGUAUUUCCCAUCGAGAUCGCCAAGAUGCUUGCAGGUAACCCCGUCGAUCAAGCCAUCGGCGUGCUGCAAGUCACCUUCCAUGGAGCACAGGGCCUCAAGAACCCUGACAAGUUCUCUGGCACGCCUGACCCCUACGCGACUGUCUCAAUCAACAACAGGAACGUGCUGGCAAAGACCAAGACUGUGCAUGAAAACGCCAACCCUCGCUGGAAUGAGACUGUUAACAUCAUUGUCACAUCACUGAAGGACUCGCUGACCAUCAACAUUUUCGACUACAAUGACAUUCGCAAGGAUAAGGAGCUUGGAACCGCCACGUUCGCGCUCGAACAGCUCGAGACAGAGACUGAGCACGAGAACAUGCACCUCGAAGUCAUGUCUGGUGGUCGACCACGCGGUAUUCUCCAGGCUGAUGUCCGCUUCUUCCCUGUUCUUGAAGGCGCCACGCUGCAGGAUGGUACCAAGGAGCCACCACCAGAGUCUCGCACUGGUAUCAUCAAGUUUACCGUCGAGCAGGCCAAGGAUCUGGAUGGCACCAAGAGCAUGAUCGGCCAAUUGAGCCCAUACGCUCUCCUGCUUCUCAAUGGCCGCGAAGUCCACAGGUCGAAGGUUAUGAAGCGCACAAAUAUUCCCAUCUGGCCCGAUGCGAGCAAGGAAAUGCUCAUCACAGACCGCAAGAAGGCGAAGCUUGGUCUGGUAAUCAAGGAUGAUCGCGACCUGGCUGCGGAUCCUAUUCUCGGAACAUACCAGAUUACCAUCGAUGACAUGCUCGAGCUCACAGCAAAGGGUCACGAGUGGUACAAUCUGGCUGGCGCUCAUACUGGACGCGCGAAGAUGAAGCUCGAGUGGAAGCCUGUCGCACUGAAGGGUUCUCUGUCAUCCGGUGGCUACCUCACACCAAUUGGUGUCAUGAGGCUACACUUCCAGAGCGCUCGUGACUUGAGGAAUCUGGAAACCAUGGGCAAGUCAGAUCCGUACGUCCGCGUCAUACUGUCUGGUGUCGAGAAGGGCCGGACUGUCACGUUCAAGAACAAUCUGAACCCCGACUGGGACGAGGUUGUCUACGUCCCCGUACAUACUGUACGCGAAAAGCUGACGCUCGAGGUCAUGGACGAGGAGAAGCUGGGUAAAGACCGCUCUUUAGGUCAUAUCGAGCUGGCUGUCGCCGACUAUGUUCAACAAGACGACAAUGGCGAUUACAUUGUUCAUGAGCAGAAGCAAAUCACCUCCGGUCCACUUCGGAUGUCAGGUAUCUCGGCUCCCAAGGGCACACUGAACUACACCUGUUCAUUCUACCCCACAAUUCCCACCUGGGAUCCUGAAGAAGAUGCAGAAGAGGAGGAAGAGAAAGAGACGACACCGCCGAAUGGCAACUCUCGUACGGCUAGCAUCCGAACGGCAGGGUCCAAGGCGCAAGCUUCGACUCACGCGCGCACUAUGUCUGGCACAAGCCAGCUCGUUAGGUCCGAGACUGCAGGCACCAUCUCCUCACUUGCAGCGAGCAGCAACAACAGGGACAGUGCCGCCGACUUGGCGAAACAGCUCGAGAAGAACGAACAUCAACAGGACGAGCCGAUCCCAGAAAAGCACAAGAUCGAGAAGCUGCGCCUCAACGCCGAGGAUCUGCAGCAGUAUGAAUCUGGUCUUCUUGUGUUCAAGCUCAUCGACGGUGAAUUUCCUGAUGCGGGCGGAUACGUUGAUGUCCUGAUGGACGACAUGGCAUACCCGAGCUACUCCAGCGCCAAGAUCAAGAGCCGCCAUAUGACCUUUGGCGAAGUGGGCGACACUAUGGUCCGUGAGCUCGACUUCUCUAAGAUCACCCUUCGCAUCAUCGAGCACAUCGACAAGGAUGGCGAUGGUGAUGACGACCAUGUGAUUGCCAAGCUCACGGGCAGCACUAUCGACACAUUGCGGAGAUGCCUGUACACACCUACUCAGCUCACGUUGAAGGACAAGCAUAACAGGGAGUACAAGAUCACCGUCAGUCUCAAGUAUCUUCCCGUCAAGAUGCGCCUGGACCCCAGCGAGUCAUUCAACAACCAAGGCACACUCCGCGUGGACGUCCUCGAUGCAGCUGAUCUGCCUGCCGCCGACCGUAACGGCUUCUCAGAUCCUUACUGCAAAUUCAUGCUCAAUGACAAGGAGGUCUACAAGACGAAGACACAGAAGAAGACACUGCAUCCAGCGUGGAAUGAGUACUUCGAGGUGCCGGUGCGGAGUCGAACGGCAGCAGACUUUGUCGUAAAUGUGUACGAUUGGGACUUUGGCGACAAGGCUGAUUUCCUUGGCAAGUCUGCUAUCAACCUUGAGAUAUUGGAGCCAUUCCAGCAGCAGGAAGUUACCCUUGGCUUGGACGGCAAGAGCGGUGCUAUCAGGCUCAGGAUGCUGUUCAAGCCCGACUACGUCGUUCGCGCACGCCAGGGCUCCUCUACCUUUUCCGGCACCUUCGCUGUCCCCGGAAAGGUAAUCGGUGCACCCGUCAAGGGCGUAGGGAAGGGCGCAGCUUUUGUAGGCGGCAAUGUCGUCCGUGCAGGCACCUUCCUUGGUCGGGGCUUCAGGCGCAGAAAGUCGCGCGGUGCGAACGGUGACGAGGACCUCGAGCGCCCCUCCUCCGCAGACAGACCUAGCAUGGACGUUCCGGUUGUCUCAAUCGAAGAAAACGGAAACCCAUCCUCCGUCUCCGCCGAGCCCACAACUCCUAAUCGCAACACCGCCGAGCACAACCGCCACCGCAGCUGGGGCGCGCAGUCUUUCGCCAGCCGCAAGGGCGACAGCGCGGUCCCUGGUGCCGGCGACCACGGUACCGCUAAUAUUCAGAUUGUAAGUGCUGACGGCUUCCCGCCUGGUACGAACCUCCGCGUCUUCGUGUCAAUGGGCAAGAAAGAUGUCCACAAAACAGACCAUGUCAAGACGGCCACGGGCUCAGUCGAGUUCCCCCAUGAAUCCUUCAAAGUGCCUUGCACAGCCGAUUCUUUCUUCAAAGUCACCGUCAAAGACCACGCGACGUUUGGCCGCGACGACGAGCUCGGCGAGGCACAGUUCACCAUCGAUGACUCUGGUGCGGGCGGUGAGAAGAACGUCGGUGUCGGCAAGGGCAUGGUGGUCAUUAGAAGCAGUUUCAUCCCUGCUGAUGCGGGAAGUAUCGCGGGGAGCGUGAGUCCGCGGGUGCAGAGGGAGAAGCGGGGCUUGUUGAGCAGGGGCAAGGAGAGGAGUCCCGCGCCGCCGGGUGCCUAG